UUGCCUUUGAUUUCAUUGUUUUACCGGGUUACCUACCAACCUACACGCACACACACAGAGACACUUGUAGGGCAUUUUUUUCGUAAGGACUUACACAGCAUUUACUGCUGCUCAAGAAAAAUCACUGAAAAAAGUUAACAAUUUUGUCACAGCCAAGAUGCAUUCGACCAAGAUUAAGGAGGGCGAUGACAGGGAGGAGAUGGAGCUAAACCAAAUCUGGCGAGGAUGUCGUAAAAUUCAGGGUGCCAUUUUUCGUUAUAACUUGGACAUCUGUGCCGAUAUAAAGCAACAUGAUCCAUGCUGCACUGGGUUUGUGUCCGAACCCAUUUUCACGGCCGUGCUGGGAAAGUAUCGCAAGGUGGCCGGCAUGUCAGAGACUGAGCUCCGGGAUGUCACCGAUUACUUUCAGAUUCGAGAUGGACGGGUGGCAUAUCGUCAGUUUUGCAAGGUGGUCUGUAGCGAAACCCUACAUAAGCCGGCCAAAACGGAUCUGGCCACUGGGCUGGAGUGGAAUGAUCCCUGGCAUGUGAAUGUUAUUCCACAUCCGGAGGAUCGAAGGCGUCUUUGCCUGAUCCUGAUGAAGAUCGCCCAGGCAACGCAUAUACCUUUAAUGCCUUAUUUUCAAGACUACGAACUGAUUGCCCAAAAUGUGGGUGUAGUCACUGUGGCUCACUUCUCCCGGGUGCUGCACUUUAUGAAGAUACCCCUGUCCGAGCAGGAUUUCCUGUUGCUCCUGAGGCGUUACAUGAAGGAUGGUUACUUGGUCAACUAUGUGGCCUUUCUCAAGCACAUUGACAACAUCAUGGCUUAUCUGGGUGAUAAUCAUCUUCUGGAUAAUUCACAUGACAUUAUUAAGGACUUCCCGGGACGUUUGGUGGAUUUGGAACUAUCGCAGCUACCGCCAAUUAAUGGCUGUCAGCUUGUGCAACCGAUCUUCCCCGAUGCCUGCAAUCAUCCCAAAAAGAAUCGCAACCAAUGUGAUAUAGUCUUUUGCAUCCAAAACUAUGUCUACAAGAACCAAGUUCGCACCUGCGAGUUCCUGGCGAGUUUCGAUACCCUGAACUUGGGUAGCAUCACCAAGAAUCAGUUCGAGCGAGGACUUUCCAAUAUGGGUGUGGGCAAGUACCUAAGUCAACGGGAAUUGGGUAUCCUUCUAGACCGCUACAUUGAUCCUGUGGAUAUCAAUCGAGUGCGCUGGCGCAACUUUGUGGAUGAAAUUGAUACAGUGUUCACCAUCAAGAAUCUGGAUAAAAUGCCGCAGUGCGUCGUGGAGUCACCACUGCGUCACAUCCAGGAGCUGCCAAGGCCUGGUGCCGUCGACUGGCAGACAGUCCCAACGAAUAUCCGUGAUUUGUGCGAGGAUGCCAUGGCCAAGAUACGUAUACGCAUCCGCAAUCGCAGGCUGUAUCUGCAUCCGUUCUUCCGUAGCUAUGACAAGCUGAACAGCGGCCAUGUUCGCUGCAACAUUGCCAACCAGAUCUUCCGCACCAAUGGCAUUCUGCUGACGGAUCCGGAGCUAAACGCAGUCCUAAGUCGUUAUGGUAAUGAGUUGGGCUUCUGUUACACCAAAUUCCUGGACGAUGUGGAUCCCGCGGAGUAUGCAAUGCCCGCCAUGGUCACCAAGCAGGAACUGGUGGAAUGCCCGCCCUUCGCCCGCGACAAUGUAGAUCCCGAGGAUCCCAGCGAAGAGGUCAUUGUGCGUAUCCUGACCAGUUGCAAGCGCCAAGCUCUUGUCAAGGGCGUGGCUGUCAUAGAAUUUAUGACCGACUACGAUCGCCAUCGUGAAGGUGAAAUUAUUGAAUCGGACUUUAAGCGAGCCCUGGACAAUUCCAGUGUGAUCAUCACAGAGGAAGAGGCCAAUAUCAUAUGCAACAUCUUCCGUUCCCCCCGUCGCAGUGCCUGCAUCCGUUACCGCGACUUCUGCAAGGCCCUGGAUGAAGUCUUCAUCCAACUGGACACGAGUAUGGGCGAUGCGGUAUUGACUGCUGUGCCACUGCUCCAUCUACCCAACUUGGAUUGCGUGGACUGCUUCCUGAGCUUCGAUGAGCGUACCAUCUGCUCUCAGGCAUUGAUGAAGCUGGCACGAAAGCCCGACGAGAUCUCCAAUCUGAGUCAGGUAUUCAAGGACUUUGACCGCGAACAGUGCGGAUCGAUCACGCAGAACCAGUUCCUUCGCGGCAUCACAGUGCGGAAUAUGCAUGAAAUGCUAAGCAGCCGAGAGUUCGAUGCCAUCUGCAAGUGCUUCGGUGUGAAGAAGGGUUUGUGCAUGGAGUUCAAUUACCGCGAAUUCCUCAAGAUCCUGGAUGUGCUGUUCGCCACAGGCCAGAUGAAGCGUAACUAUUAAUUCGAUAAUGUAUAAUGUAUAUGCCCCGCUCUCCAAAUUCUCAGUUUGUUCCAUUAUCCAUAUAAAUGUUCGAUCGUUUAAAUAAUAAAAAUACAAAAUGUAUA